AAUUAAAGGUCUUGCGCUCUCUCACUCAGCCAUCCCUAACCCACGUCUCCGCUCUAGUAGCUGGCUCAUCAUCCGGCAAGUGGCACAAUGAAUGAAGGCGACUGGACUUGCGACGCCAACGACGCCGUCCAUCUGACGAUCGUUCAACCCGGCGAGACGAAAGCCAAGACGAUUUCCAGCUUCCACCCUCAGUUCACAUAUCCCAUCUUCGGCGACGAGGAGCAAAUAUUCGGCUAUAAGGGGUUGAUCAUCCGCUUGCGGUUUGCAGCCCAUGACCUCCGCCCGAAUAUCAAUAUCUCUUACGAUGAGAAGUUCAAGCCCGUCGGCGAUAUUUCCGCCGUCGACCUGCUGAAAACACUGAAGCCAUGGGUUCCUGAAGAGGCCUUCGGCUUACUUCCCGACUAUGAAAAAGCCGUCCAGGAGGACGAAGAUGCAAAGGACUUUGUACCACCUGGCAAGCUUGUUCACAGCUAUGUCACUCGAGACAGAAAUUACGAAAUCUGGGCCGGCUCUCUUGCUGAUCCUCAAGUCCGACGACUACUGGACCGCGCGCAAAUUUUUGUAUCGCUGUUCAUCGAAGCCGGUACACCCUUGGUCACGGAUGAUCCUGAAUGGACACUUGAGAGAUGGACAGUCUACUUUGUCUAUGAGAAAGUGAAACCGCCCACGCCAACGGCCUCACAAUAUUCCAUCGUCGGGUAUGCGACCACUUAUCGCUGGUGGUUCUACCAGAGAGACACUACACAGAGUCGCUCCGUCGUGAACGACCCAUUCCCGGCACCCGAAAUUAGACCUGCUCAGCUGCCGGCUCGGCUACGAAUCGCUCAAUUUUUGAUUCUCCCUCCUCAUCAAGGCUCGGGACAUGGGACUCAUCUCUACACCACCAUUCACGCCGCAUGCUUCAAGGACCCGACAAUUACCGAAUUGACUGUCGAAGAUCCGAAUGAGGCUUUCGAUGCCCUCCGCGACACAGCCGACUACCACAUCUUGUUGCCGGAGUUCCUCAAACAUAAGGUAGAUAUCAACCCCAACCCUUAUGGAGAGCUCCCCAAGAAGCAGCGCCCUCGGCGUGUCCCUACGUCGGCACUGAUCCCUACAAAGCUGUUGCACGACAUCCGCUCGUCAUUCAAGAUUGCCUCCACUCAGUUCGCUCACAUCAUGGAGAUGUAUCUUCUGGGUCAAAUACCUGCCAAGAAUCGCCUAGCUGGUGGAACGAAUAUGUCCCGACUACUGAUCAAGAAGCAUAAUGCCGAAGAUCCUAACGACCGCCGAUACUACUGGUGGCGUAUGCUCACCAAGCAGCGUCUUUACAAGCGCCACCGGGAUCUACUCAUUCAACUUGACUCGAGCGAACGCAUCGAGAAGCUGGAGGAGACCGUGACGAACGUCGAGGAGGGCUACGAUGCUCUUCUCAAGGCCUUCAACGCCCGCGAGGCAGCGCUGAAGGCCAAGGAAGAGGAGUCCGGUGUGCUUGCAACCCCAGAAUCGACCGCUGUUCUGGGUGAGGCAAGCAGCAGAGAUCAGCGGGUAAAGCGGAAGCUCACAGUGGAGGACGAGGAAGAUGAAGAAGAGAACGAAGAGGCAGCUAAGCGGACAAAGGUGUGAGCGACGGCGUUUUAACGUUUCUUUAUGCUUGCCGUUCACCCACCAUUUCAUUGUAAUAUUAAACAUUAUGAAAUACCAAAACC